AUGGCGUUGCCUCCGAAAUGGUACCAGUUCCUCGUUUCAGUCUUUGCCUCGUUGGGCUCUGUACUAUAUGGCUAUGAUCUCGGUGUCAUUGCUGGAGCCAUCGGCUCUGACUCCUUCAACAACCAAUUCAAACCCGAUUCGAAUGAGACUGGUGCAGUCGUCAGUGUGUUUACUGGUGGUGCUUUCUUUGGAGCUUUCUUCGCUGGCCCAUGUGGUGAUAAACUUGGUAGAAAGAUGACUAUUCUGAUUGGGUCUAUCAUCUUCAUUGUCGGUGGUGCCCUCCAGACUGCUGCUCAGAACCUGCACUACCUCUACGCUGGCCGUGCGAUUGCUGGUCUUGGUGUCGGCAUGCUGGUCAUGAUUAUUCCCCUGUACCAAGCUGAAUUGGCUCACCCCAGCAUCCGUGGUCGUGUAACAUCUCUACAACAAUUCAUGCUGGGUAUCGGUGCCUUUGUCGCAUCUUGGGCCGCCUUCGGAUGCUACACCUCUUACGGAGCUCACGACAGCAGGCAAUGGAGAAUCCCUCUCGGUAUUCAAAUGCUCCCUGCCGUGCUUCUUGGUGCUUUGAUUCUAUUCUUCCCAGAGUCCCCUAGAAAGGGACUCCAGACUCUCGCCAAGUUGCACUCUCAUGGUAACGCUCAAGAUCCCUGGGUCAUCGCCGAAUUCGAGUCCAUCCAAGACGCUGUCACCUACGAGAAGGAGCACGAAGCCAAGUCUUACCUCGAGCUCUUCACCAACAAGUCUAGCUUCCGUCGCUUGUUUAUUGCUGUUUCUCUCCAGGCUUCCGUUCAAAUGACCGGUGUAUCAGUCAUCCAAUACUACUCGGUCGAAAUCUUCAAACAGAUUGGUAUUUCGGGAGACGACACGCUAAAGUACCAAGCCAUCUCUUCUCUGAUUGCUCUUUUGGCACAAUUCUGUUGUCUCAUGCUGAUUGAUAAAUUUGGUCGUCGUUGGCCUCUUAUCCUUGGUAACAUCGGCAAUGCUCUUUGCUUCAUCGUUGCAACAGUCCUCCUCGCCAAAUUCCCUCCGGACCCCAAUAAUCCCGACAACUCAAACAAGGGUGCUGGUUGGGGCUUCAUCGUCGUCGGAUGUUGGUUGUACAACUUUUCCUUCUCAUCUACAUGCGGUCCUUUGAGUUGGAUCAUCCCCGCCGAGAUCUUCGAUACCAGAACCCGCUCCAAGGGUGUCUCGAUCGCUACCAUGGUUUCCUUUGCUUUCAACACCAUGAUUGGGCAGACUACAUCUGUUGCCAUUGACAACAUUGGCUGGAGAUGGUAUAUUGUGUUUAUCACUGCUGGACGUCCUCUUGAGGAGAUGAACUAUCUAUUUGCACAAGCUCCGUUGUUUGUGCCUGGAACUGCUGCUGGUGGUCGCCAGGGCUUUGCUACUGGCGAGCUUGAGAGACGUGCUGAGGAAGUUGAGAGAAAGGGUUCGAUCACUAUUCACCAGGAGGGAAGCCAAGAGUGA